AUGAUUGGGGUCUCAAGUCCCGUCGGGGUUGGAGUCGCAGAUGGGAAAGAGGAGGUAAGGAAGGGAUAUGGUACUCCUGUCGCGGAUUUACAACUUUCGAUAAGCAAGAUGCAAGGUCCCAUCAAUGACACUUCCCUCACUGCCCGUCUGGGACAUGUUCCUUAUCCACCUGUCAAGAUAACCAGUAAACCUCUCUCCCUCUCGGUUUGCCCGUCGGACUCCCUUCGCACCGCUGCCGAACAAACUCCCAACUUCCCUAGACUCUUUGUCACAGGCAACUCUAUCUUCCAACUUCUCGAAAACAUCCUUCCCAACUGUGAAAGAAUUCUUACCGAAGACUCUCCCGCUAAAGUUCUCAUCGACAGAGUUCUCGCUAAAGUCUCCACAGUCGCUGGUGAUCCGACCACUGUCCGCAAUUUGGGACACGUCGACCUCCCCGUUUGGCAAUACAAGACCUAUCUCAGUCCUGUCAAUGAGAUUCUGGAAUCGAAAGACAUACAGGCUGGGAUGGAUUUGGGGGAUAAACCGGACGAGGUAAGAAAAUGGGAAGUGACUCACUUUAAUCAUUUGACGGGUUGUUGGGCUUUAAAGAAGUCUCAGGCUGGAGGAAAGUUUUUACCCCUCGCUCUCAUCUGGGUUCAGUCUAGUGCUUCCAUCCCAUCCUACAUCUUCCCCAAGCUUUGGACCGCCGUUAACAGAGGUCUUAUCACAAUGGAUAGCGCCGGUAAAGUAAAUCUCGAUAAUCACAGAGCCGGUAUCGAAUACACUGAUGCGGUGACAACGAUAAUCACACGAGCGAUUGAACAUAUGUUCCGUCGUCUUGCAACUUUGCGAGUUCGAGUCGGCAUUCUCACCACCUAUGACCACUCUCUCAUCUUCCACGUCAAAAACCAUCAUAUCGAGAUCAGUAGAAUUCUUGACAGAGAUGGCGCUUCGCCAAGUAACCCGUUGGGAUCCAUUAUGCCCCUCUUCACUGCCAUCUCCCUUCUCAAAGCCGACACUUAUCGACACGACGCCGCUUGGAAAGUCACCAUCCCUUGA